AUUGAUAGUGUGUACUAAAUAUAACCAGAUUGCAUUGAAAUCGAAAGUAUAAAAUGUAAGAGUUUUUAAGAAAAAGUGUAUUUUUUAGCUUUUGAUAAAUUUUUGUUUUCUGCAAAUCUAAAUAAGAUAAUGGCUGAAAACGCCUUCGCUAUUCAAGAUUUACCAACUGAAAAGGAAUACGUUAUUCCCGAUUUACCAGUGAACAAGGACUACCAUUUUUUUAUUAGUUACCACAACAGUGACACGGCUACAGUGCACACUUUAGUAGAAAUCCUAGAGAGAAAGGGAGUAAAGUGUUGUUAUUACGAACGUGAUUUUAUACCAGGAUCCACAUUAUUUGAAAAUAUACGAGAAAAAAUGAGCAACAGUGUGCACAUGCUGAUUAUUUUGUCAGAAGGUUUAGCAACCAAUCCAUAUAUUAAACACGAAAUUACUGAAGCUUUGCAUAGGCGAAUAAACGAUGGAUAUCCUAUAAUUCCGAUAAUGGUGGAGCCAUGCACUGUUCCAGCCGACCUGAAGAACAUUCGGUACAUCGAUGCAAAAGAUGUUGACGUCUCAGAGAUGCCUUCUUUGAUCAUUGAUGCUAUGGUCAAGAACAAAAUUAAAGCUGACUAUCAACGAACAACCGGAAGUGAAGUGUCGAUUGCUUUGACAAGAUACGCUGGAUUUCCGAGAUUUCUGUCCCUUUCAAGAUAUAAGCUGGAUAUUAAUGAGAACGUAAGGAGAAAUUUGCGGUACAGUCAGUUUGAUCUGACAAAUCAUGAACUUAAAGAAAUUGAAGAUAUCGUCAACAGUUCAUAUUUAGUGCAGUACUGGCACAUUUUUUCACACUUUGUUUUGGUUGCAUCUCUGCUGCUUUUCAUCGUCUUUAUGCUCUCCAUAUGUGUAUACUUGACCGUUAUGAUCACCAUCACCGGAUUAACGGAAGAUGACAGCAAGAGUACUCUUACAGCGUUGCAUGUCUCCAUAAGUGUUGUUAUACUCGCGAUCUUCGUGAGCUACUGUUUUUGCUGGAACAUUAACAACAAAAUGUCCAUAACUUCGAAGUACAGCAAGCUCGCCGCACAAUACAAGCUCUGGCAGCAGCUUGUACAUGCGUUGUCUCCUUUAAAUCAAGAGGCGAGAGAAAAAGGACGCAUCAUUCUCUUCAAUUUCACCAGUGCUGAAUUAAAGCUCAUACGCUACGACUUUGGGAUUUGUCAGGCUCAGUUUUUGAAACGAUGCGAACAGCAAGAUCGGCUAAGGGCAUGGAUGAGAAAUGGACAAUCUUUAAAGGACUAUACAGACCUGUUGUUUGACAAUUUUGUCAAGUCCGAACGAUGUAUACGUUUGACGGAGCCAUCUGCGACGACGAGACACACGCUUUCGAAUGGUGCGAAAUGUUUAUGCCUCCUGAUAGAAGAGGACCUUUCCUAAUCAGCCAUAUAAAAUACGGACCUAUGUGUUAUUGUUGUUGUUGUUGUUUCUUUAAUUUGUUGAAAUGUUUUUUUACAUUAAUGUAUCAUUAUGUUACAAAUGUGUUUAUGCCCCCGGAUCGAAUGAUCAGGAGUAUAUUUUUUUGGCCUCUCUGUCAUUGUAUGUGUCUGUGUGUGUGUGUGUCCCAAAACUUUAACCAAACUUUUACCUUGGUCAUAACAUUUGCAAUAUUGAUGAUAGCAACUUGAUAGUUGGCAUGCAUGUGUAUCUCAUGGAGCUGCACAUUUGGAGUGGUAAAAGGUCAAGGUCAUCCUUCAAGGUCAAAGGUAAAACAAAAAUCAAGACGGCGUAUUAGGGGGCAUUGUGUUUCUGACA